AUGGCCACCUUCGAGCUGUACAGGCGGUCCACCAUUGGCAUGUGCCUCACCGAGACGCUCGACGAGAUGGUCUCCAGCGGCACCCUCAGCCCUGAGCUCGCCAUCCAAGUGCUUGUCCAGUUCGAUAAGUCUAUGACGGACGCACUGGAAACCCAAGUGAAGAGCAAGGUUACUGUCAAGACUUGCGUGCUUCUCAUUGACAUGGUCGUCACUGCAUCUGCAUUCCUCAUGCCUGUCCGUUUCUGGGUACAAGGCCAUCUGCACACCCUGUUGUCUGCUUCAGCUGUAGCUCAGACUGGCCAUCUGCACACCUACAGGUUCUGCGACAACGUGUGGACAUUCAUCCUGACGGACGCGCAGUUCAAGAACGAGGAGACGACCGAGCAGGUGGGCAAGGUGAAGAUCGUGGCCUGCGACUCCAAGCUACUCAGCCAAUAA